ACCCACAAAUCCCAGCCCAAGAGUCAAUCUACCACCCUUCACCGUCACGAUAAAAUGCGAGAUGGUUUGUCAGAUCCUACACCACCAUUCAAAAUGCUCCGGCACUCAGAUGAAAGUCCAGUCAAUAAGCACAGUGAUGGACACAGCAAAACAAAAACAUUUCACACACUCCGAGGCCAAGAUGGUGGUAAGCCCAAAGAGAACCUAGUUACACACAUACAGAAGAUGGUAUUUUCUCUGUAUAUUUGUCAACAGUACUUUGCAUUUUGUAGCGUGGUUGUGCACAGAGAAGCUUGCUUUGAUUAGCCAGUUCAGAUAUCCUAGCCUGGUCCUAGAUCUGUUUGUGCUGGUUAGCCAUUUCCUGUGGGCCUUGUUAUGCCAAACAACCCUAAGAGUUGGCCAUACAGCACCACCAUAUCUGGGACCAGGCUAGAAAUAGCAUACAUCAAACUGUUGAUAUACACUGUUAAUUGGGCUAUUGAAAGCUCUUGGACUACUUCCCCACACAUGACACCUGCUCAAAGCGUACAUAGCUACUUGAGGACAACAAGAAGUUGAGUCUGUAAGGCCCAAUUCACGACUGAAGAUAUCCACACACCACUGUUGGUCAAGGCUAUACACAGACAUCAAUGCAAGAUUAACAUAAGUUAUGUUGCUGAAGUUCCACAGGGGCUUUAUUUUAGCUAGUUAACUUGUCGUUGUCUUGUCAAAUGAGAAAGUAUUGUAGAAUGCUGAAACCGCCGUGCACCUACCUAGGCUAGCUACAUUGGUAUGAUUCUCUUGCGCACUAAAGUAUACAUGGUACGUCAUGAAAUGGAAAACUGCUGUAAAUUCCAUGGUACUGCAAACAUAUUUUGUUUAAUGGAUGGGGGGUAGCCUAAUCUGUCAUGUCUAUGGUUGCUAAUUGUGUGGUAUUUUAUUUUAUUUUUGGCAUUUAGCAGACGCUCUUAUCCAGAGCGAUUUACAGUUAGUGAGUGCAUACAUUAUUAUAAUAAUUUUUUCAUACACCAGGCUGUGGUUAUAAAACAUCAUGGGCCUCUGAGUCACAGGACAAGCUCAGCGACUGCUUUGGUCAUAUACAUUGAUAUUUUAAUUUGUAGUCAUUGUUUACAGUUCAGUUUCGUGUGACAAAUGAUCUCAAUCGGCUCUGUCCGGAUAUUGUGUAGAGGAUGAUUGUUCUCUGGUGUUUUGUCUUCAUCGUAAGUGUUCUUGUAAAUGUUCCCAACAUAUCGUUUCUUUUAAAGGGCCCAGCUGCUCUCCGCAAGAGAAUUCUCACAACCACAGCUCCAACUUGCACUCAAAUCAAACCAAGGCGUCAGACACAGUAAGAUACUUCGUUUUUUCUUGAACAAAUGAUUUCUGAAAGUAGGCAUCCACCAGGCUGUGGUUAUAAAACAUCAUGGGCCUCUGAGUCACAGGACAAGCUCAGCGACUGCUUUGGUCAUAUACGUUUAUAUUUUAAUUUGUAGUCAUUGUUUACAGUUCAGUUUCGUUUGACAAAUGAUCUCAAUCGUCUCUGUCCGGAUAUUGUGUAGAGGAUGAUUGUUCUCUGGUGUUUGUCUCCAUCCAUCCUCAAGAAGUUGAUGAUGAGAAUAUGUCCUUAAAAAAAAAAAAAUCCCAGCACACUGCAGUUUUAGCCAACAUUCACAACCAGAAACAAACCCCUCCCCUCAUCUGCAGAGAAACAAUGGACUAGAGUUACUUUCUCAUUGAGUAAUCAGCCCCUGGAACUGAAGGGUUAGCUCAGCAUGCACUUGUGUCAAGAAAUUACCGGAUGAAUGCCUCUGAGCCUGGCCCAGUAGCCAAGUAAAACUGCUAGCCUUGUUGGGCACGUCCUCCUAGCCCCAGCUGUAAAUCUCAGGGUUGGCAGGGUAACACAGAUAUGCAGCGUUUCAGCGUAUAGGCAUACCCCCCCCCGACAACCACAUAGCGUUUCAGCAUAUAGGCAUACCCCCCCCCCCCCGACAACCACAUUUGACUGAGGAGGCAGACUAGCCUAAAUAGUGUGCAGGAUCAGCUUGCUUUUAUCAACAGCGCUAGGGCUAUAGGCUCACUUCCUGUAUUUACAUCUGGAAGUGAGAAAAGGCUCACAAUGGCCGUAAAGAGACUUGAGGCCUUAAAACAUUGCUUUAUUGUAUUCAAAAUAUUUGUGUCUUAACUCCAAAUAAGGUUAAAGUGUUAUUCCCCCCCCCCCCCCCCCAAUAUAAACCAUAGAAUGGUUCUAAGUAUGAGAAGCCCAACAUUAGGCCUAAUACUUUAUUGAGCAAGGACCCCCCCACACCGGAUUUCACAUUGGAAUCUGAUUACUAGCCACUAGCCUUUACCCUGACUUUCCAAAUGUAGGCCUACUUGAACCGAAUGUCUGUGCACUCUGCUAAACCUACCCUAGUGUUAGUUAGUUAGUUAACCUAUUUGUCGCGCCUUCUUCCCUCAGCCUCACGAGCCUGCAGACGACUGGUCGGAGCACAUCAGCUCCUCGGGCAAGAAGUACUACUACAACUGCAGGACUGAGGUCUCUCAGUGGGAGAAGCCCAAAGACUGGCUGGAGAGGUAAGGAGUCAACUAAUGGAUAAACAGUCUCUCACUGGAGAGGGAAGGCCUCGACUAAUGGAUAAACAGUCUCUCACUGGAGAGGUAAGGACUCAACUAAUGGAUAAACAGUCUCUCACUGGAGAGGGAAGGACUCGACUAAUGGAUAAACAGUCUCUCACUGGAGAGGGAAGGCCUCGACUAAUGGAUAAACAGUGUCUCACUGGAGAGGGAAGGCCUCGACUAAUGGAUAAACAGUGUCUCACUGGAGAGGGAAGGCCUCGACUAAUGGAUAAACAGUGUCUCAUUGGAGAGGGAAGGCCUCGACUAAUGGAUAAACAGUGUCUCAUUGGAGAGGGAAGGACUCGACUAAUGGAUAAACAGUGUCUCAUUGGAGAGGGAAGGACUCGACUAAUGGAUAAACAGUGUCUCAUUGGAGAGGGAAGGACUCGACUAAUGGAUAAACAGUGUCUCAUUGGAGAGGGAAGGACUCGACUAAUGGAUAAACAGUGUCUCACUGGAGAGGGAAGGCCUCGACUAAUGGAUAAACAGUGUCUCACUGGAGAGGGAAGGCCUCGACUAAUGGAUAAACAGUCUCUCACUGGAGAGGGAAGGCCUCGACUAAUGGAUAAACAGUCUCUCACUGGAGAGGGAAGGCCUCGACUAAUGGAUAAACAGUGUGUCACUGGAGAGGGAAGGCCUCGACUAAUGGAUAAACAGUCUCUCACUGGAGAGGGAAGGCCUCGACUAAUGGAUAAACAGUCUCACUCGUAAACAUCAUACUGUUCUCCUCUUUUCCCACAACUCUUCCGUUUCUACCCUAAAACUCAAUACAGUCCAAAAUGGCCGCGGGGGCCCAAUACUACAUUUCUGAACCUCAUUUAAUCGAUUGAACUAUAGCAUGCUGAAAGGUCCCAAAACUCAGAUUGGUAGAGUACACAUUCUGACAGAUGUCGGAAAAUUAAAUGAACACUCCCAUACUGUAUUCAACCAGCAGUUACGCUGUUUAAUUAAAAGUAAUCCUGACAAUGAAAUUCAUUUUCUGUGUUUCGUUGUGUCCAGAGAGCUGAGGCAGAAAGACCCGUCUAAGAGAGAGUCCAACACGUUCCCUAAAGACCGGGACUACAGACGUGAGUCUGUGGACACAGCCACCACAAGUAAGUAUGAAAACUACAAAGGAGGUGUGUAUGGGAGUUGUUGUCUAGGAUUCAGAUACACUAACCACAUCUGGAUUUUGAUGUAUCUGCCUCUUUUAAAUAAUACUUUUUGUUGUUAUAGUAUGACUAUAACUUUUGUGUGAAAUCAUCUUCAUCUUCAGUCUUACAAUAUGGCCGUGUGUCGAUGGUAUGAAGUGACUUCAUUUCCUUGUCCUCUCCUUCCUCUGCACUGAUCUGAAAAGACUUGACAACUGUAUGCGUUAUGGCUAUCACCUUUUCAAUUAACAAAAAGGAGAGGAGGAAAGCAAGUCAGUGUGAACUACAGAGAGGUGCAUCCUAUACAGUGGGGAGAACAAGUAUUUGAUACACUGCCGAUUUUGCAGGUUUUCCUACUUGCAAAGCAUGUAGAGGUCUGUAAUUUUUAUCAUAGGUACACUUCAACUGUGAGAGACGGAAUCUAAAACAAAAAUCCAGAAAAUCACAUUGUAUGAUUUUUAAGUAAUUCAUUUGCAUUUUAUUGCAUGACAUAAGUAUUUGAUACAUCAGAAAAGCAGAACUUAAUAUUUGGUACAGAAACCUUUGUUUGCAAUUACAGAGAUCAUACGUUUCCUGUAGGUCUUGACCAGGUUUGCACACACUGCAGCAGGGAUUUUGGCCUACUCCUCCAUACAGACAUUCUCCAGAUCCUUCAGGUUUCGGGGCUGUCGCUGGGCAAUACGGACUUUCAGCUCCCUCCAAAGAUUUUCUAUUGGGUUCAGGUCUGGAGACUGGCUAGGCCACUCCAGGACCUUGAGAUGCUUCUUACGGAGCCACUCCUUAGUUGCCCUGGCUGUGUGUUUCGGGUUGUUGUCAUGCUGGAAGACCCAGCCACGACCCAUCUUCAAUGCUCUUACUGAGGGAAGGAGGUUGUUGGCCAAGAUCUCGCGAUACAUGGCCCCAUCCAUCCUCCCCUCAAUACGGUGCAGUCGUCCUGUCCCCUUUGCAGAAAAGCAUCCCCAAAGAAUGAUGUUUCCACCUCCAUGCUUCACGGUUGGGAUGGGGUUCUUGGGGUUGUACUCAUCCUUCUUCCUCCAAACACGGCGAGUGGAGUUUGACCAAAAAGCUCUAUUUUUGUCUCAUCAGACCACAUGACCUUCUCCCAUUCCUCCUCUGGAUCAUCCAGAUGGUCAUUGGCAAACUUCAGACGGGCCUGGACAUGCGCUGGCUUGAGCAGGGGGACCUCGCGUGCGCUGCAGGAUUUUAAUCCAUGACGGCGUAGUGUGUUACUAAUGGUUUUCUUUGAGACUGUGGUCCCAGCUCUCUUCAGGUCAUUGACCAGGUCCUGCCGUGUAGUUCUGGGCUGAUCCCUCACCUUCCUCAUGAUCAUUGAUGCCCCACAAGGUGAGAUCUUGCAUGGAGCCCCAGACCGAGGGUGAUUGACUGUCAUCUUGAACUUCUUCCAUUUUCUAAUAAUUGCGCCAACAGUUGUUGCCUUCUCACCAAGCUGCUUGCCUAUUGUCCUGUAGCCCAUCCCAGCCUUGUGCAGGUCUACAAUUUUAUCCCUGAUGUCCUUACACAGCUCUCUGGUGUUGGCCAUUGUGGAGAGGUUGGAGUCUGUUUGAUUGAGUAUGUGGACAGGUGUCUUUUAUACAGGUAAUGAGUUCAAACAGGUGCAGUUAAUACAGGUAAUGAGUGGAUAACAGGAGGGCUUCUUAAAGAAAAACGAACAGGUCUGUGAGAGCCGGAAUUCUUACUGGUUGGUAGGUGAUCAAAUACUUAUGUCAUGCAAUAAAAUGCAAAUUAAUUACUUGAAAAUCAUACAAUGUGAUUUUCUGGAUUUUUGUUUUAGAUUCCGUCUCUCACAGUUGAAGUGUACCUAUGAUAAAAAUUACAGACCUCUACAUGCUUUGCAAGUAGGAAAACCUGCAAAAUCGGCAGUGUAUCAAAUACUUGUUCUCCCCACUGUAUAUCAAGCCAGUCUGAACUACAGAGAGGUGCAUCCUACUACACUGCUCAAAAAAAUAAAGGGAACACUUAAACAACACAAUGUAACUCCAAGUCAAUCACACUUCUGUGAAAUCAAACUGUCCACUUAGGAAGCAACACUGAUUGACAAUAAAUUUCACAUGCUGUUGUGCAAAUGGAAUAGACGACAGGUGGAAAUUAUAGGCAAUUAGCAAGACACCCCCAAUAAAGGACUGGUUUUGCAUGUGGUGACCACAGAACACUUCUCAGUUCCUAUGCUUCCUGGCUGAUGUUUUGGUCACUUUUGAAUGCUGGCGGUGCUUUCACUCUAGUGGUAGCAUGAGACGGAGUCUACAACCCACACAAGUGGCUCAGGUAGUGCAGCUCAUCCAGGAUGGCACAUCAAUGCGAGCUGUGGCAAAAAGGUUUGCUGUGUCUGUCAGCGUAGUGUCCAGAGCAUGGAGGCGCUACCAGGAGACAGGCCAGUACAUCAGGAGACGUGGAGGAGGCCGUAGGAGGGCAACAACCCAGCAGCAGGACUGCUACCUCCGCCUUUGUGCAAGGAGGAGCACUGCCAGAGCCCUGCAAAAUGACCUACCAGCAGGCCACGAAUGUGCAUGUGUCUGCUCAAACGGUCAGAAACAGACUCCAUGAGGGUGGUAUGAGGGCCCGAUGUCCACAGGUGGGGGUUGUGCUUACAGCCCAACACCGUGCAGGACGUUUGGCAUUUGCCAGAGAACACCAAGAUUGGCAAAUUCUCCACUGGCGCCCUGUGCUCGCCAGAGGUAGCCUGACUGCCAUUAGGUACCGAGAUGAGAUCCUCAGACCCCUUGUGAGACCAUAUGCUGGUGCGGUUGGCCCUGGGUUCCUCCUAAUGCAAGACAAUGCUAGACCUCAUGUGGCUGGAGUGUGUCAGCAGUUCCUGCAAGAGGAAGGCAUUGAUGCUAUGGACUGGCCCGCCCGUUCCCCAGACCUGAAUCCAAUUGAGCACAUCUGGGACGUCAUGUCUCGCUCCAUCCACCAACGCCACGUUGCACCACAGACUGUCCAGGAGUUGGCGGAUGCUUUAGUCCAGGUCUGGGAGGAGAUCCCUCAGGAGACCAUCCGCCACCUCAUCAGGAGCAUGCCCAGGCGUUGUAGGGAGGUCAUACAGGCACGUGGAGGCCACACACACUACUGAGCCUCAUUUUGACUUGUUUUAAGGACAUUACAUCAAAGUUGGAUCAGCCUGUAGUGUGGUUUUCCACUUUAAUUAUGAGGGUGACUCCAAAUCCAGACCUCCAUGGGGUUGAUAAAUUUGAUUUCCAUUGAUACUUUUUGUGUGAUUUUGUUGUCCGCACAUUCAACUAUGUAAAGAAAAAAGUAUUUAAUACGAUUAUUUCAUUCAUUCAGAUCUAGAAUGUGUUAUUUUAGUGUUCCCUUUAUUUUUUUGAGCAGUGUAUAUAUAUCAAGUCAGUCUGAACUACAGAGAGGUGCAUCCUAUAUAUCAGUCAGUCUGAACUACAGAGAGGUGCAUCCUAUAUAUCAAGUCAGUCUGAACUACAGAGCGGUGCAUCCUAUAUAUCAAGUCAGUCUGAACUACAGCGAGGUGCAUCCUAUAUAUCAAGUCAGUCUGAACUACAGAGAGGUGCAUCCUAUAUAUCAAGUCAGUCUGAACUACAGAGCGGUGCAUCCUAUAUAUCAAGUCAGUCUGAACUACAGAGCGGUGCAUCCUAUAUAUCAAGUCAGUCUGAACUACAGCGAGGUGCAUCCUAUAUAUCAAGUCAGUCUGAACUACAGCGAGGUGCAUCCUAUAUAUCAAGUCAGUCUGAACUACAGAGAGGUGCAUCCUAUAUAUCAAGUCAGUCUGAACUACAGAGAGGUGCAUCCUAUAUAUCAAGUCAGUCUGAACUACAGCGAGGUGCAUCCUAUAUAUCAAGUCAGUCUGAACUACAGAGAGGUGCAUCCUAUAUAUCAGUCUUGUUCUUCCUUUCCCUCCACAGAGAGUACUUCAGGGGACAAGUCGUCCUCCAGCUCUACUCCUUCCCAGUCCUCUUCCUCCGCCAAUCCGGGCCUGAACCAAGCCUCUGGCUCUAACCCCACCCCCUCCUCUUCCUCCUCCAUGGUCCCCGUGUCCCCCUCUGUCCAAUCCCAGGCCUCUGGCCUGCUCCAAGACCCCGCCCUCCUGCGGCAGCUCCUCCCAGCGCUGCAGGCCACCCUGCAGAUGAGCAAUGGCAGCAUGGACAUGGCCAAGAUCAACGAGGGUGAGUCGCCAACACCGCAUUUCUCCUGCUUGAUCUUUAGCAGACCUGGGUCCAAAUAGCUUAUUGGUUUAAAAGGGAAACUCUGGAGUAUGAUGUCAUUGUUAUAUCUAUAGAUGUAGCAUAGCUAUUGAUAAAAGCCUUCGCUAUUCUGAAAUGUGAAACACACAUUUGGAUUCUCUGAUGUCUGGAGUUAUCAUAUGACGACAAAGCCAGUGGUUUUGGCUUCAGAAGGGACUUUACAUAGCAGGUUAAGAGAGAACGCAGCAGGUAGGAUAGAGCUGGUUGGAGAGGGGUUAGGGGGAGAGCUGGUGAGCUAGAGACGUUAGGAGCGACGCAGCAGUUAGGAGAGCUGACGCAGCAGGUUAGGAGAGCUGGGCUGGUUAGGAGAGCUGGUUAGGAGAGCUAACGCAGCAGGUUAGGAGCUGACGCGCAUGUUAGGGAGCUACUGUAGGAGGCGGUUAGGAGAGCUGACGCUGCGGUUAGAGGCUAAGCAGGUUGGAGAGCUGCCGAUCAGCAGGUUAGGAGAGCUGACGGCAGCAUGGUUAGGAAGCUAGCAUAGGUUAGGAGAGCUGACGCAGCAGGUUAGGAGGCUGACGCAGCUGUUAGGUUAGGAGAGCUGGUUAGGAGAGCUAACGCAGCUGGUUAGGAGAGCUGACGCAGCUGGUUAGAACUGACGCAGCUGUUAGGAGAGCUGACGCAGCAGGUUAGGAGAGCUGAACGCAGCAGGUUAGGAGAGCUGACGCGUGGUUAGGAGAGCUGACGCAGCAGGUUAGGAGAGCUGACGCAGCAGGUUAGGAGAGCUAACGCAGGUUAGGAGAGCUGACGCAGCAGGUUAGGAGAGCUGACGCAGCAGGUUAGGAGAGCUAACGCAGCAGGUUAGGAGAGCUAACGCAGCAGGUUAGGAGAGCUAACGCUGCAGGUUAGGAGAGCUAACGCAGCUAAAGCAGCAGGUUAGGAGAGCUAACGCAGCAGGUUAGGAGAGCUAACGCAGCAGGUUAGGAGAGCUAACGCGAGGUGAAGUUAGGAGAGCUAAGCACAGUUGAGAGCUAACGCAGCAGUUAGGAGAGCUAACGCAGCAGGUUAGGAGAGCUAAAGCAGCAGGUUAGGAGAGCUAACGCUGCAGGUUAAGAAAAGGGUUAGAAUUAGCUAAAAGACUACAGUUGUCCGCGACUCGAACAUGCAACUUUUGGUCCGUAGCUGUACUCCAUCUAGCAACAAUCGUUUAGAUUCUGAGUGAUAUUUCAGAAGACAUCCCAUUUGGUUUGGUUUCUAGAGUUUCUCUUACUCUGACAGGAGCAGAUAUUGAAUAGGCUUAAUUCAUCAUAUCGAGAUUUAGGGAGCAACUCAAUUGAGGGGAGGGGUUGGUGGGUCCUAUUCCUGUGGAUGGGCGAUCCUGAGAAAAUCGUUUCUCACCGACCACAUGGGUUAGAAAUAUAAAAUAAUCUCAUUAAACUGCCCAUUCAAUGACAGUUUUGCAUAGCCUAUAUCCCUCAAACUCAACUCUGGACCUCCAAGCCAGUUCUACUGCAUGUUUUCAUUGUUCCCCUUUAAUCAGGGACUGAUUUAGACCUGGGACACCAGGUGUGUGCAAUUAAUUAUCAGGUAGAACAGAAAACCAGCAGGCUCCGGACCUCGUAGGGUAAGAGUCCGAUAUCUAGUCUGUUCACCUCUUUUCUACAAUUGCUUAUUGUAUAACGCUGCCUUUGAAAAGCACUGUCACUCAAUAACCCGUCUCCUCCUCUCUUGAUAUUUAUCUAUGUGUAUGGACCGGUCUCUGUGUGUUGCAUACAUAACACGUUUAUGGGUGCCUGUAUCUGUGGGUAUGUUUCUCAUUGUCCCGUGUGUGUUUCCCCCCCCCUCUCCUCCAGUCCUCGCGGCUGCUGUUACCCAAGCUUCCUUGCAGUCUAUGCUUCAUAAACUCCUCAUCGCUGGACCGUCUGUGUUCAACAUCACUGCUCUUCUUUCCCAAGCUGCUCAACACUCCAACCAAGGUAUGGCCGCUGUCAUCCCCAUCACCUCUCUGUUAGCUAGACUGCUUUUACUCUAGUCCUUUCAGUGUCUCAUGGUUGAUAUAUACAUUACGCUCUGACAUUACAAUUCUAUUCAGAUAGAAAUACAUUGUGAGGAUUCUCCUAUUGAAUGUUUUCAGGGUAGCCGUUAUUGUUGAAAGCUUUAACUGAAGAUUUGACCAAUAGAGUGGCGCAGUGGUCUAAGGCACUGCAUCGCAGUGCUAGCUGUGCCACUAGAGAUCCUGGUUCGUAAUCCAGGCUCUGUCGUAGCCGGCCGUGACCGGGAGACCCAUGGGGCGGCGCACAAUUGGCCCAACGUCGUCCAGGGUAGGGUAGGGGAGGGAAUGGCCGGCAGGGAUGUAGCUCAGUUGGUAGAGCAUGGCGUUUGCAACGCCAGGGUUGUGGGUUCGAUUCCCACGGGGGGCCAGUAUGAAUUUUUUUUUGGGAAAAAAAUAAUGUAUGCACUCACUAAAUGUAAGUCGCUCUGGAUAAGAGUGUCUGCUAAAUGACAACAAAAAAAUAUAUAUCUCUCAAGAAGAUGUAUGGGCAUCCUUCAGUUCAGGGCAACCAACGUCUGGUAGUUUGUUGAAUAAUCUAUCAAACUUUUGCUAUUGAUGUAUUUAACCAGGGUUGUCCUCUAAGCAAAGAUAGCCACUGCUGUUCAUUUAAAGUUUUGGAUGCAUAAGAAAAAAGCAACUUUUAGAAUGACUUAUGUCCUUAUAGGCGUAUAUGUAUAAUGUAGUAAUACCCUUUGUGUAUGUGAGAUGAAGGCUGUUCGUAUUAAACAUAGUACCUUCUUUGUCUUAUUCCCCUCCUGGACACGAACCAAUAGCGGCCCUGCAGGCAAGUCAGUCGCCCAUAUCGCUAACGUCGGACGCCUCCUCGCCCCGCUCAUACGUGUCGCCCAGGAACGGCACGCCCCAGACCAACGUCCUUACCCAGAAACCCCUGCUCAGCAUGCCUCCCGCCUCCUCCCAACCAAAGGUCUGCGCCUCCACGGAAACUGGAAACUUGUCAUUUUAACCCUGUGAUCUCAGUGUAUCUCUUCCUCCCCCACCUCACCGCUCUUAUCACCGUCCUCCUCUGCUCUCUUCUCCUUCCCUCUUUCUUGCUUUCAUUUUUCUUAUUUUGUCCCUCUGCAGGUUACCCCAGUGAAACCAGGACCAGUUUCUCAGCAGGCUUCAGCAGAGAAACGUCCAGAGGACCCCCGAACUCUCCAACAGCGGAGGUAGUUUGAAAUUCGUGGAAUGGUUCUUAGUAGACACGCAACAUUUACUUGUAUGCUCCCAGAAUAUAAACAGCCUUAUGAAAUGGAAGUACAGCAAUCCUGUUUGUAUCCUUGUCAGAAGAAUAGUAUCACUGGUUGAGUGUCUUUUUUUUUUUUUUGUGGACAAACGUCCUUACGCGUAAUGUCACCUACCUUUUGUGUCCCUGACCUAGUUGAGACGUAGAGGCACUUGUCUAUAUCCUGAAGGAUUGUUUAUAUAUGGGUAGUAGCAACUUAUCCAAUCCUUUCCAAUCAAAACAGGUGUCUAGGUGUUAGACUAGAGGUUGUUUCUGGAUGGCGCUAUAUUCUGUUUCCUCCUGGUCCUUAUACUUCUCUGCUGUCUCUGUCGUCCAGCAUUCAGGGGAGUCCACCACCAGGACCUAACGCCACCGGCGGCCACUCGGUUCCCAACGCAGCCUCAGCCCUGACCAGCACUUCUGGCUCCUUCACUCCCUCGCUGGCCUCUCACUUUGACGAGAACCUCAUCAGGCACAUCCAGAACUGGCCCGCCGAGCACAUCGAGAAGCAGGUAGGGCCUCCACUGUGAAGUGGGACAAUGGGUUGCUCAUUCAAUGUUGAGUUAGUUGUUUAGAAAGGAAUUGUCAUGCUCUACUCAAAAGUUUGUAGUAGAAUAAAGUAUUUGGGUGCACAAUGGGAUGCUCGACGUAAGUGAAUGUCGAGUUAGGAGUUUUUCCUGUCUGUGUGUCUGUCAACUAUAUGACCAAUCGGUUAAAUACAGUCAUCAUCAAAAUUAUACCACACUGUGUGGAUAUAACCGUGAUACACAGAAGUUGCUACUGUUGAAUUAAGACUUGGACUAGUCAUGCUUUGAUGUUAGUAGGAUAUAUGCAUGUAAUUGAGUUGUGUGCGUAUUAAUACGUAAAGGCAAUUUAUAUUGCAUUUAGUGUAGACAGCACUACCAUACAAUCAAAAUUCGUAGAUGGCAGUAGCUACACUUUCAACGCCACUCGGGUAACUUCCUGUUUGGAGUUGAUUGAAAAGGCACAGCACUCUUUUCAGUUUUGAUGAAAAAAAAAACUGGGUUGCACCUCGUUGGUUGAGCACCCUCCACUUCUUCCCUGUUUGGAGUUGAUAAAAUAAAGGGCGUGGCUAGCUCGCUCACUCUUUGGUUUGGGAUGCCAUGUGGUAGUGGGAUACUGUCAUUUGGUUUGCUGCUGCUAAUGGAGACCUGGUGGACAGAUGAGGGAACCAAAUCCCUUUGAUGGACGUUUUUUUUAGUUGUAGUCAAUAUUUAGCACUCGCCUCUACUACAAUGAGCUGAACUAACAAACCACGCUGGGGCUGGAGAGGGUGAGCUGCCUGCCCCGGCACACUGGCAAGACAUGCCCACUUAAACUUUUGCACACAUUUAUAGAAGGUUAUGGAACCAUUAGGCAGAACUAGGACCCUAGACAAUGUGAGCGUAGGCUUUUUGGUAGUCUGACUGACCAGUAGUAAAAUACAUUUCCUUCUGAAGAAAGCUGACUUUUUUUCCUCUCCCUUUUUUCUAUUGAGAUUUGACCUCAAUACUUAAAUGUUCAUGAGUUUGACUUCGGUAAGACAAACGUAGCAAAUGUUAACUACGGAGUCCAUUUAACUGUGCUGUGCUGGAUUAGCUGGUAUAGCCAAGAGAAAGGUGAGUCCCAUGAAAAUAAGAUAAUCUGCACCCUCUCUCCCAUCAUCUUCACAAGGACGCAAUUAAUAGUGCCGCCUUUCUCUUUCAGGCAGCACGGUUACGGGAGGAUGCCCACAACAUGGGCAGUCUCCACAUGUCCGAGAUCUGCACCGAACUCAAAAACCUCCGAUCUUUAGUCAGAGUGUGUGAGAUCCAGGCCACACUGCGGGAACAAAGGUAAGAAAAUGACAGACACACACUAGGAAUGCGUCUUCACGAUACGUUGUUUAUUUUCUUAAAACUGUCCCUUUCUAUCUCCCGCUUUCUACCAGAAUACUGUUCCUGAGACAGCAGAGCAAAGAACUGGACAAGCUGAAGAACCAGAACUCUUACAUGGUCUGA